UGACCUGACUUUCCUCAACUGGAGCGGUCUGUAUCAGCACAAAAGGAAAGCCCAUAAAAAAAAUAAAUUCAAUCAUUGCUGUUCAAUAUGCAAUAAAAAAAUUUGCAAGGCAGGAUGUUUUGAGAAAACACGUGAAGCAGCAUGGUUUGAUGAUGCGCCACCAGUGCCAGUCAUGUGACAAAUCCUUCUCCUUGAAGUGUAAUCUCCGUCGUCAUGUGAGGCUGACACAUGAAAAAUGCCCGAGCCAAGGUGUUCCAGGAGUAGACAAACAUCCCAAGAAUAAACCAAACAUUCAAAGCAAACCAUUAUACCAUGUCCUUCACAAUGAUAAAAACAAGUGCGCUGUGUGUGGCAAAGGUUUCUCCAGCUAUUAUUGUUACAAACUUCAUUUGAGGAUCCACACCGGAGAAAAACCUCAUUCGUGUAACAUUUGUGGAAAGCUGUUUUCCUAUGCACAUCAGAUAUAUCACCACAAGAAAUCUCAACACCAAAGCUCUGAUGAAAACAUGAAAGUAACGGCUAACCAUUACAGUAACUCCUCAAACCAUGGCAAAUCAACACCAAGGACCAAAGAGUCAUCAGUCAACAUAAACCAUGUCCAAGGCGAUGACCAAAACAAAUGUCCUGUGUGUGGCAAAGGUUUCUCCAGCUAUUAUCAUUACAAACUUCAUUUGAGGAUCCACACCGGAGAAAAACCUCAUUCGUGUAACAUUUGUGGAAAAUCGUUUUCCUAUGCACAUCAGAUAUAUCACCACAAGAAAUCUCAACACCAAGGCUCUGAUGAAAACAUGAAAAUAACAGCUAAUCAUUACAGUAACUCCUCAAAGCAUGGCAAAUCAUCAUUUAAUCCAAGUUGUUCAAAGAGAUCAGCCAAAGGGAACAGAUGCUUGUUGUGUAAAAAAUCGUUUUCUUCCUCAUCUGGCUUAUCAUCACAUAUGAGGGUUCAUGUAAUGUUCAAACCGCAUGUUUGUUUUUGUGGAAAAUCUUUCACCAACGUUCAUAAUCUUAAACGUCACAAGUUGUCACACAUGAGUGUCAGUGAAGGAGACAUGUUUGUAUGUUCUGUAUGUAAGACCACCUUCAGAACAUCCAACGACUUACUUUCUCACAUACAGGUGAAACAUUAUAAGUUAUACCCUUCUAAGAAAUCACUGAAAAGUAAAGUGACUCAUUCAAAGGCAGCAAGACUUUGUCAAUGUGGCAAGUGCAAAAAACGAUUUCACUUCACGUAUCAGUUGAACAGCCAUGUGAAGAGACAUACAGGGGAGACAUCAUUCACCUGCCCAUGUGGGCAGAACUUCUCAUUCCGUCAUCAUCUGAAGAGGCACAUCAGCCACCAUUUUAACCCUGAUAGCAAACUCUACAUCAAAGGUUUUGAACAAGCCAAUGCAACAUUUAUCAAACAGUUCAAGAAAACCGAACUGGCACAACACAGAUGUGAAACAUGUUUUCGAGUUUUCACUGAUCUGCACAAUUUCAGACGCCAUAUUUUGACUCACUCGACCCAGAGGAAGACAAUGUUUUCCACCAGUUCAGAUGGAGCCGGGUCGGGUUUACAGAAGUUUAAAUGUAUACUUUGUGAUGAGAGGUUCUCCUCCAAGGUAAAGCAGAAAUAUCACUUGAAGUGCCACACUGACCCAAGGAGCAAACUGUGUGUGACACAAGUUCAGCCUGAACUGUUGCAGAAACAACUUAGAAUUUUGGAAGAAAAACAAAGACAUAGAUGUGCAAUUUGUAAAAAUGAAUUUGAAUCACAGACUGCGUGUCGACAGCAUCUGCAGACUCAUUCCACUACUCACAGCCUUAAACAAAUAAGAAAUGGUGCCCUUGUUUCAAAUGAAAUGUUAUGGUGCGUAUUUUGUGAUCGUAGGUUUGAUGUACUGAGUCAACUGAUCAUCCAUGUGAGGACGCACACCGGGAUCAAGCCAUACAAGUGUAGCUUCUGUCAGAAGACAUUCUCUCUGCCAUACAGCUUGAAGGAUCACAUGAAGAACAUGCAUCACAAACAGCAUCAGGCCGACCUGUACACAGACCAGGAGAGAGCAACAAACAAUCAGACUCAACUGAACAGUAACACAUCUGUUUCCAACCAACAUCAGUGUCAGAUAUGUCUCAGAGAGUUCACUUUGCUAAGCAGCUUGAAGAUUCAUAUGACUAAAACACAUGUUGUUUCCUCAAAAACUGGCAGUAGGCCUGCUGGAACCCCGUCUAAACAAGACAUGGCAAAGAAAGUUACACAGACUUCUUUAGCUGUCAACGAUCACCAGAAGCUGGUUUCAAGAUCUCACCCAUGCACAUUUUGCAAAAAAUACUUUCCCAGGAUUGAAGAUGUUUUGAAACAUUACAUAAGUUGUUCGGAAAGCAGCGGAAAAGGUCCAUAUCAAUGUCCUUUAUGUAACAAGGCAGUUGGUACCCCAUCCAAGUUGUAUACCCAUUUCCGGAGACAUUCAACAGAGAAACAGUUCAAGUGUCGGAUAUGUGAGUGUUCCUACAAACGCAGAUCUGACAUGGAGACCCAUGUGAAGAAGCUUCAUUCAAGCAAACCUCCCGUUCAAUGGAGACUAACUUCCGCACGGUCAGCAUCACGUCCUGAAUGUAGCGUGGAAAGAAUUAGAGAAAGAGCUAAAGCCUUUCCUAAGAAAGAUGUUGCCGAGUGUGUUGUUUGUGAUAAGACAUUUAAACAGAAACUUGCUUUCAAUGUUCACAUGAGGAUUCAUACCGGGGAACUGCCGUACGCAUGUGAAGUUUGUGGGAAAAAGUUUAUGCUUCUCAGUAACAAGAUUGUCCACGUGAAGCUUCUCCACAAACAUGGCAAGGGUGUUACUCAAUGGGAAGUGGAUAGCAGACAAGAUGGGCAGUCGCCUGGCAAGAUGUGGGCUGUUCCGUAUGAAGCAGAGAUCCAAGAUGGCAACAGUGAUCAAAACCAGACAGAGGAAGAUGUGUGGGAGGAAUGUAAUGGGGGAAGUGAUUUUGGUGAAGGUGAGUCUGACACCAUGUUGAUUGACGGACAUAUGAUCUACGUGGACCGGGCCAGUCCCGUGGAGGACGAUGAGGAGUACACAGCUUCAGAUGGUGAACUGCUGUCUGAGAUUGAAGCUGAGAACAUCAAUGUUGACACUGGGAAUGAUAUUGAGAGCAGAGCUGCUUCUUGGAACAUAAAUGAGACUGUGAGUGAUGGAACGGUGUUGCAAGAUUCAGGACUAGAACAAAAUGAAGUCCAAGGUCAACCUAAUGCCAUCUUUGGGGAUCAUCCUGCUGUUGUCGGGGGAUAUGAUUGCAUCGUGCUGGAUCGUAGUGAAGACCUGCCGGGUCAAGGUGAAGGCCUCCAAGGUCAAGGCUACAGCCUCCAAGGUUACAGCCUGAGUGGGGAGAUGUUGAGUCAGGGUGAUGGCAUGAAAGGCCAGAAUGAGUUACCACAGCAUCAGGGUACUGUUACAGAAGCUCAGCAUGAUGAUGUGAAGAGUGAUGGAGUGUCUACUGAAAGUGUGGUGUACACCGAUACCAUUGUGGGCAGACCAGGGCAGGACUUCUCACCUGGUGUUGGGGAUGCUGCCCAUGCUGUCCAGGACCUGUCGCACAGACAAAGGGGAGCACCACUUAGUCUCCAUAGAGACGUCUCACUCGGUGUCUGUCGCAAUGAAGGCAUCUCAGAUGGAAGACAUGGUUGCCCUCUUGAUCUCAACGGCAACAAUGGCGUCCAGCUUGAUCAACAUGGCGUGGCGCAGGUCUAUGAAAGGAAACAACAGUCUGACGUUGAACAUCCUUCGUAGCAAGUCAAGAAACUCGGUGGAAGUAAACAGCAAUGCUACUGACUGUGAAUUCAUUUGUGAGUUUAGUUAUUAAUGGAUUCUCACUUUUGUUAGUGUAUUUGGUUUGGAGACAUUUACUGUUGUGAUGAGCGUAACUGUUUUAGAGGUAUAGUUGUUGACCUUAUUGGACCUCAGUUUACAGUUGUAACAACCACUACACUGAGAGGAGUUUGAGAGAUGCAGGUGAGUGUCGAUUUACAUACAAAUUAGUUUCAGAUUUGUAUCCACUUGUCACAAUCAACUUUGUGUGAAAGAAACUCCAUUGUGGAUUUUGAACAAUAUGGUGUAGCUUGGGUAAGUAGCAGAGAUGGGUUUGCAGGGCAUCAUGUAGCAAGUUGCCAUAUCUUAUUCAAGUGAAGACAGAUCUCCAUCAUGUCAGCAUCAGAUCGACAAGAAAUGUGCCCUGGUUGGUUCCAUGUAGGCGUGGCAAUCAGGGUCAGUGGUAGACAGCCCUAUCUGCUGUGUGUGGUUGCAUUUGUUAGCCAAGCCAGGUAGAUGUGUUUGGGUUCAAAUCCUGUUACGCUUUGAUGACAUGUUCUAGGUUUGAAGGUGCCCAACCCAUGCUGUGUGGUUUCACAGGUGAGAACUGCAUCACUCGGACUUUCUUCCCACAUUAAGUUGGUAUGAAGUGAUGUAAGAGGAACACCGUAGAAAGUAGUGUUACACAAAACUCCCUCACUCCAUGCUUUCAGUCGCUUCUCUUCCUGGUCUGCUAGCCAGCCACAGUGGUGUAGUGUCUUGUUGCUGACAACAUCCCGUUAUUUGACAAUCCUUUAUUUGAGUGUUUUGUGUCUGUGAACCAUAAGACCCAUGUUACCCAGGCAAAUCAUCUUUCUAUGUUUCAGAUGUUAUUUACAUCAGUCGAGAUCUUAUAACUUUGCCAUAGUAAACAUGAUGAGGUCUUUGAUAAAUUUUAUUUUCAAAAACCAAAAGUCCCAUAAAACUGAACUUUAUGUGUGUUAUGAUUAAGUUCUCAAGAUGUAGUUCUUAAUUUGUUAAAAAGAUGAAGACAAUAUGGCUGCUGGCAGCCUCCUUGGUUGUAGUCGACUGUGUUGUGUGUAGCGCUAAGACUGUAGUAAGUCUGUGUUUAACUAUGUUACAGUGACCUUAGCGCUAAGACUGUAGUAAGUCUAUGUUAAACUAUGUUACAGUGACCUUAGCGGUAAGACUGUAGUAAGUCUAUGUUAAACUAUGUUACAGUGACCUUAGCGCUAAGACUGUAGUAAGUCUGUGUUAAACUAUGUUACAGUGACCUUAGCCAUAAUAUCACUUUGUAUAAGGGCACCCAGGACAAGUUAAGUAGGUUCCGCUAAUCCUCUCGUCUUUAGAAUAAAUGUGAGGCUGAGUCUAGUAACCAUGGUGAUAAUCUGUUUGCUUCUUGUCAUUGUGACUGUGAUACAUGUCAGCAUAAUCAGUGAUGACCAGUGGUUGACCAUCCUCGGCCGUCAUAUAGAUUAUAUCAGUGGUUGACCAUCCUCGGCCGUCAUAUAGAUUAUAUCAGUGGUUGACCAUCCUCAGCUGUCAUAUAGAUUAUAUAAGUGGUUGACCAUCCUCGGCUGUCAUAUAGAUUAUAUCAGUGGUUGACCAUCCUCGGCCGUCAUAUAGAUUAUAUCAGUGGUUGACCAUCCUCAGCUGUCAUAUAGAUUAUAUAAGUGGUUGACCAUCCUCGGCUGUCAUAUAGAUUAUAUCAGUGGUUGACCAUCCUCGGCUGCCAUAUUGAUUAUAUCACUAGCAGUCUGAUAAAUACACUGGAACCAUUCUCAACCAGAGUGUGAUUUGGAACCUAUACAGAUAUGAGGCCAUCCAUUCCACUUGUUCUCAUCAACCAAUUAAUUCUGUGCUAAGUCAAAGGAGUAACAACGAAGAAGACUCAUCACUAUGGUAACAUCUUUGCGGUAACACAUCACUAUGGUAACUCAUCACUAUGGUAACACAUCACUAUGGUAAAAUCUUUACGGUAACACAUCACUAUGGUAACAUCUUUACGGUAACACAUCGCUAUGGUAACAUCUUUGCGGUAACACAUCACUAUGGUAACAUCUUUACGGUAACACAUCACUAUGGUAACAUCUUUACGGUAACACAUCACUAUGGUAAGCAUCAAUAUGGUAACACCAUCAUGAUAACACAUCACUAUGAUAACAUCUUGACAGUAACCAAUGACUAUGGUGGGUGGGUCUAUGGUGUUUAUCACAACAGAAUGGACACACAAUACCUUGGCUAAGUGAGGAUGUUGACUGAAAUGUUUUUACAGUGUGAUAAUGUUGUGAAUGCCUGUAUGUCCAUAUUGUAUACCCAUGAAUUUCUGUGCACAUGAGCUUGAUUAAGACUUUAUCCUGGCUUUUACAGCUAGUGUCUUGUUAGUUAACUGUUGGAAUAGUAGUGAGGUUAGAGGUGAGCAGAGUAUCUCAGUUAGUGUAGAAGCUGAGGUUUUAGCCUUCAGCCUGUUUUCAGAGCAGUCAUUGCUGAUGUGUCAGGUUAUGUUGCUGUUGACACCAUGUACAUGUCACUCAACCAUGGAACCUUGAACUCCUGAACAACACACACUAUACUUUGAAAUAUUUCCCAUAUGAGAAUAUUACACUUUUAUCUUGUUGGCAUUGACUGUAUGUGUUUAGGUGUUUAUAUGUGAUCACCAUGUUGUUUCAUGGCCCAUCUUCCAAAUGGCGUGACCACUUCCAGACAGUCUGACUGACACUGGUCACAUGUUUACAAGAAAACACUCGUAAUAAGAAAGUCUCUUAUAUGCAAGUAUUGUAUAGAGGUAGUGUGACUGACUUGAUAGGAUCUGCCACAAUUUUGUGUUUAAAUAAUAUCGAUGAAUUUCAAGCUUUCAAUAUGUUUUCUAGCAGACAUAUAUAGGGCAUCUCCAAAUUUAACACAUUAGUGACAAUUAUGACAUGAAAUGCAAUUCCAUAUUUUGAGUUUGUUUCUGUGUUUUGAGCAGCCUUAGUAUUAGUUUUCUGACAGUUGCUCUCACCUUUUUCUUGAACACUUGUGUUUUCAUUUGUAUAUACUGAUUCAUAAACACAUGCUCAUUAUAUACUCUUUAAAACAGUAGGGGAACCUGAACCUUCAAUUUGGAUAGGAAGGAUAAGCACUAACAAACUUUUCAAAGACAAACAUCUUAUGAACGCACCACCGUUUCUCUUUAUCGCCACUGCCUCCGUGGUGUAGUGGUUAGAACGUCCACUGGAGAGCGGAAGGUUGUGUGUUUAAUCCCCAGCCGCGUCAAACAAAAACACGUUAAAAUAUGGUACUUGGUCCCUGCGUGGCGCUCGGCAUUAAUGGGUCCAACAAGGACUGGUCGGCUCAGAGUCAGUAUACUGUUUCUGAGUGGGGUAUUCAUGCUUCACUGCGGCAUGGUAUCUCAGUGAGCUAGCACUAUAAUACCAGCUUAAGUCUGGGCUAGUACAAGCAGCUGCACAUACACAUACACAUACAUGCACAUCGUCAUAUAAGCAAAAUAUUCUCAAGUACAACCUUAAACCCCAUGUCACCUUACUUCUGCUUAUCAUCACCCCUAAACACAAUGCAUGGGAUGCAUGUGCACAACGCUGUAGCCCCAUACAUGUGCAUGGGGUGUCUUUCUUGAUUUUGACGGUUUUCAAGAAUCACUGUAGACAAUUAAUUUUGACAAUUAUCUUGUAUCACACAGUUGUUAGUGUUUGUUUCAAGCUACUAUUUUGGUGUGAAAAUGAAAAUUGUACACAUGCUAAUUUCAUGUCAUACACCACUCAUCUUUCAAGAGCGACUACUGUACAAACAACUAUGGUCAUAAGGAAGUGCAAGUGGUGAUGCACUCUCAAAACAUUCUUUAUUGUCGUAUCAACAUUGAUAGACUCCGAUAUAUCUCCCAAUAUUGUCAGUCGUAAGUUAAACAUGAUGUUUCCCUACUUUUUUUGAGAGUAUGUAUUGGAAUCGUAUAAUCACCUCCAGUUUCUGUUUCUUGCAGGCAUGGAAAGGGUUUUGUUUCUAUAAUUGUGGGUAACUGGAAUAUUUUAUCACUUUGUUAACAUUUUUGAUUAUUUGCAUAGCAUGAAAGUAUAUAGACUCAGGCUUGUGAAACAUGGUUUCCGUCAAUGCAAGCUUACAGUCAUGACAGAUCUUCAUUGAUAAAUUAUCUAAUUAUAUUGGGACAUAAUCUGAGUUAUCAUAUUACAGAACCAAGACAAUAAAACUGAGUAUUGCCAUCA